AUGGUUCAAAAAGUUCUUCUCUUGGGCUCAGGCUUCGUCGCCAAGCCAACCGUCGACAUUCUUUCUGCUGACAAAAACAUAGAGGUCACUGUCGCCUGCAGAACUUUGGAGAAGGCUAAGCAAUUGGCUGGCUCCGUUGCAAACGCAAUUUCCUUGGAUGUCAACGACGAAAAGGCAUUGUCUGAUUCUGUUGCUCAAUUUGACUUGGUCAUCUCGUUGAUCCCAUACAUUUACCACCACUUGGUUGUGAAGGCUGCCAUUGCCCACAAGAAGCACGUGGUUACCACCUCCUACAUCAACCCCAAGUUGAAGGAGUUGGAGCCUCAGAUCAAGGAGGCUGGUAUCACAGUGAUGAACGAGAUUGGCUUGGACCCAGGUAUCGAUCACUUGUACGCUGUCAAGACUAUUGAGGAGGUGCAUCAGGCUGGCGGUAAGAUCAAGUCCUUCUUGUCCUACUGCGGUGGUUUGCCUGCUCCAGAGGCCUCUGGUAACCCAUUGGGCUACAAGUUUUCUUGGUCUUCUCGUGGUGUUUUGUUGGCAUUGACCAACUUUGCCAAGUACUGGCAAGAUGGCAAAGUCGUGGACGUGAAGUCUGAGGACUUGAUGGCCACCGCUAAGCCAUACUUCAUCUACCCCGGUUUCGCUUUCGUCUGCUACCCUAACAGAGACUCCACCACCUAUAAAGAGUUGUACAACAUUCCAGAAGCUGAGACUGUCAUCAGAGGUACUUUGAGAUACCAGGGUUUCCCAGAGUUCAUCAAGGUGCUCGUUGAUUUGGGCUUCUUGAAGGAGACCGAACACCCUGCUUUCCAGAAGGCCCAGUCAUGGAAGGAUGCCUUGGCCCAAUUGAUUGGUGCCAACUCCUCUAACGAGAGUGAUAUUGUUGCCAAGAUUUCUCUGUUGGCCACUUUCAAGAGCGAGGAGGACAAGGAGAGAAUCAUUUCUGGUUUCAAGUGGUUGGGUCUUUUGUCGGACAAACAAACCACACCAAGAAAGAACCCAUUGGACACCUUGUGUGCCACUUUGGAAGAAUUGUGUCAGUAUGAAGAGGGAGAGAGAGAUAUGGUGUGCUUGCAGCACAAGUUUGGUAUUGAAUGGGCUGAUGGUACCCAAGAAACAAGAACCUCUACAUUGGUCGACUACGGUGAUCCAAAAGGCUACUCCUCCAUGGCUAAGUUGGUGGGUGUUCCUUGUGCUAUUGCUGUUCAGCAGAUCUUUGACGGUACUUUGUCUAAGAGAGGUUUGUUGGCACCAAUGAGCGGCGACAUCAACGAACCUAUUAUGAAGGCCUUGAAGGACAAAUACGGUAUUUACUUGGUCGAGAAGACUGUCGCCUAA